GUUUUUUGGCACCGUUAUUCUGUCUGGCAACAUCAGCAGGUUCAUUCUCAGUAUCGGAAGAUACGCUACGCGUUACAAAUGCGAUUUUAGGAUAACUCACUGUGGUGUUGUGAAGACCACUAUUUGUUUUUCUUUGUGGGACAACCAUGUCUCACACAAAACCGACAGGAAAUGCAGAAGAGGAAGCGGCCGGCAAAGGAUCUAGUUCCAAAACACUUGCUCUGACGGUUUGUUCCGCUGCGAUUGGAGGCACCUUCCAGUAUGGAUACAAUAUUUCGAUUAUCAAUUCUCCCACCAGCUACAUCCAAAAGUUCAUCAAUACUACCUACGCAGCACGCAGCGGCAUAGGGUUGGCAACGACCCACGUGACUCUUGUUUGGACUCUGAUUGUAUCAGCUUUCCCACUUGGUGGUCUACUUGGAGCCCUGCUGGCUGGACCGAUGGCGGUGCGCUUUGGAAGGAAGAAUUCUCUACUUUUCAACAACUCUUUUUUGCUAGUAGCUACUAUUUUGGUUCUGUUGUGCAGAAUCGCAAGGUCGUUCGAGAUGAUCAUCUUCGCACGGUUUCUUGUGGGCAUUAAUUCAGGAGUCAGUAUGAAUGUCCAACCGAUGUACUUUGGGGAAAGUGCCCCCAAACACCUCAGGGGCGCCGUAGCAUUUUCCUCCGCCGUUUUCACGGCCUUAGGCAUUUUCUUAGGUCAAGUUGUGGGACUGACCGUGUUGUUGGGAACAGAACCUCUCUGGCCCUACUUACUAGCUAGCAAUAUGCUUCCAGGGUUGAUCCAGGUGCUGACGCUACCCUGGUUCCCCGAAAGUCCAAGAUACCUACUCAUUGACAAGGGGGAUAGGGAAGGAUGCGUCCGGGCACUUGAAAGACUCCGAGGUGGUGUGGCCCCUGUUCUUGAAAUACAGGAAAUACUGGAAGAACAGAAGAGGUAUUCAGAACCUGGAUCUGCAGCUUCUGCAAAGACACCCUGGUCCCUUUUUACAGAUCCUGAUUUAGGAUCCCAGCUCCGAACAGUCAUGGUGGCAAGCAGUGCCAUGAUGCUCUGCGGCAACGACUCCAUCUAUUUCUACGCUUCCUACAUAUUUCUUCAGGCGGGCAUCCCUGCAGAUAGAAUCCAAUACACCACCAUUGGCACAGGGGCAUCUGAGUUGACUGCUGCCAUCCUGAGUAACUUCCUGAUUGAACGAGUGGGCCGUAAGUGUCUUCUUGUUGGGGGCUACACUCUUAUGUCUUUCUGGUCCAUCGUCUUCACCGUCGCCCUCACGCUCCAAAAACAAGGAGUAGAAGGGAUGGCUUACCUAAGCAUGGUAUGCGUGUUCGGCUACAUCCUUAGCUUCGGCUUGGGCCCAGCAGGCGUGACAGGCGUCCUACCGGCGGAGAUCUUCGACCAGACGGCCCGGCCGGCGGCGUACAUGGUCGCCGGAUCGCUAAUGUGGCUCAGUCUAUUCCUGGUGGGAAUGUUGUUUCCCUUUAUCGUCAGCGGUCUGGGGAGCAUCUGCUUCCUGCCGUUCUUGGCUGUGUGUUUGCUGUCAGCUGUGUUUUUGGGGCUCACGGUCCCAGAGACGAAAGGCAAGAGCCUGGCUGAGAUCACAGAGGAGUUCGAUCGGAAGAAUGGACGAAAGAUGCCGGCGGAGCAGGUGAAUGAGCCAGUGGAGGAUCGCAAUGUGCAGGAGGCAGUCCAACUACUUGUCCUUACCAAAAAAGACCUUGACCAAGAAGACUGAACUCAGGGAACUGUGGCCAUCUUAUGUAUCUUCCAGAUCCCCGUGUCUGAAAGUCUGUGCAAAAUUGCUUGCUGCAUCACCACCAAAAUAAUCUUCCGUUUCUAUUUUAACGACCUUAUAGGACAGUGUAGCAUUAAAAAAAAAAAUCAAUCACAUGUUGAUGGAAGACGAUAUACUGUACUGUACGCACACCUCACACACACCAAAAUGACAUUUAUUGCAAUGGUCGUAAAAAUUGGGAAAGGUGCCCUUGAGAGCAUGUUUAGAAUAAGUCACUCAUUUUUAUUCCUUGCACUUCCCUACUGUGCAAACUGAGUACUGCAUCAUGCUCCACAGUUUUGUGCCAUUUGUCAUUUAUGCAUCAUUUCAACCGCAGGGCCCGUAACCCUGCAUAAUUGGAAGCGCGAAAUCAUUUAUCGUACCAAAGUUUGUAAUAAAUAAAUAUAUAUAUAUAUAUAUAUAUAUAAAUUUUUUAAUAAGGUUUCAGUUGAACGAACGGCAUGAUGUAGCAAUGCUCAAGUUCAUGAACGCAGAAAUGCAUCCAUGCAAAAAUCGUCACCGGUUGUCCCGGUUUCUGUCACUUGGUGCCAAAGAGCAAAUGUCACACUCACAAAUGAACGUUGUACAGUAUUGUCAUUGGAAUGAAAUGCAAUCAACUGCUGGGUCAGCUGCUGCUGCUUUUGCUGUAUAUGGCCCCAUCAGGCCGUCGGGUUCUUUUUGAGAGUGCUCACAAGUCCAAAGAGAAGUUAUUCUGCUCACUGAGAAAAAAUUAUUGAAAUUCGUUCUUGUAGAGAAUCAGUCACGUCAAGUCAGACCCAAAAAGCAAACAAGGGAAUUCAGUUUUUGCUCAUGCAUGUUGCACAUCUCUGUACUGUAUGUCAAUAUUGCUUCUCCAAAUGCUAAAGAAAAUGUAUAUUUGUAUAUGUGUGUGUAUAUAGCUGUAUGAAUAUAUAUAUGUGUGUGUGUGUGUGUGUGUGUGUGUGUGUGUGUGUGUGUAAUGAACAAAGCAAAAGGGAAAAUAACUAUGGAAACCGUAUCGAUCUCAAGACAAUUAAACCCGAUGACCUUC